AUGCGAGGACAAACGAACGAACGCGAGAAAAAAACGCGGGCAAACGAGGGAACGCACGAGCAAACGAGUGAACGCGAGAAAAAAACGCGGACAGAGGAGUCAACGCAAGGGCAAACGCGAAAAAAAAAAUUGCGGGUAAACGAACGAACGCGAGAAAAAAACGCGGACAAACGAGGGAACGCAGGAGCAAACGAGUCAACGCGAGGACAAACGAACAAACGCAAGGACAAACGCGGAAAAAUAAUAACCAGGAGGCGCCCCGCCUCCUCGGCGCAGCGAGGAGGUGGGGCGCAAAAACGCGGACAAACAAGCGAACCAACGCAAGAACAAACGAGUCAACGCAAGGACGAACGAACCAAUGCAAGAACAAACGAACAAACGCGAGGACAAACGGGUCAACGCAAGGACAAACGAGUCAACGCGAGAACAAACGAACGAACGCGAGGACAAACAGGUCAACGCAAGGGCCAACGAGUCAACGCAAGGACGAACGAACAAACGCAAGGACAAACGAGUCAACGCAAGGACGAAUGA